CUGGAACCAGAGCCAGCGCCAGCCGUCCCCGGAUCGACAAGACAGGACAGGUUGAGGGGCGUCGGGGAAGGAAGAGGGGGUGCUAUAGGCAGUCCCGGGGAGGACAAGGAAGCCCUGUCGCAGAAAGCUCUGAUGCGCUCUGACUUAUAGCGGGUCUGUUCACAUUUGGGGACCCGUGACAACGUGGGUGCACUCCUCUCUCGGGGGGCUGGUUGGAUUGGAGGGCGUGGGAUCUAAACAGCACCAGCUGUCCCCGAGGAAAUUAGGGGCUGCCAGAAAAAAACAAAAAAGCCAAAAACCUAUGCUCCUUAUUCCGAGGUGACAGAGGGCCCUCCAGACAACCACCUGGUGUAACCACUAGGAAGGGCGGAUUUGGAGGUGACUUCAAAAGGAGUGGAGGGUAACAAGCGCGCUCCGGGAGCCUGCCGGUUUUGGGGUGUCUCCUCCCGGGGCGCCAUGGCGGCACCGGCCAGCAGCCUGAUCCGGCAGAAGCGGGAGGUCCGCGAGCCCGGGGGCAGCCGGCCCGUGUCAGCGCAGCGGCGCGUGUGUCCCCGCGGCACCAAGUCCCUUUGCCAGAAGCAGCACCUCAUCCUGCUGUCCAAGGUGCGACUGUGCGGGGGGCGGCCCGCGCGGCCGGACCGCUGCCCGGAGCCUCAGCUCAAAGGCAUCGUCACCAAACUGUUCUGCUGCCAGGGUUUCUACCUCCAGGCGAAUCCCGACGGGAGUAUCCAGGGCACCCCAGAGGACACCAGCUCUUUCACCCACUUCAACCUGAUCCCUGUGGGGCUCCGUGUAGUCACCAUCCAGAGUGCCAAGCUGGGUCACUACAUGGCCAUGAACGCUGAGGGGCUGCUCUACAGCUCGCCACAUUUCACAGCUGAGUGUCGCUUUAAGGAGUGCGUCUCUGAGAAUUACUAUGUCCUGUACGCCUCUGCUCUCUAUCGCCAGCGUCGUUCUGGCCGGUCCUGGUACCUGGGCCUGGACAAGGAGGGCCGAGUCAUGAAGGGAAAUCGAGUCAAGAAGACCAAGGCAGCCGCCCACUUUGUGCCCAAGCUCCUGGAGGUGGCUGGGUACCGGGAGCCUUCUCUCCACAGUGUCCCUGAGACCUCCCCUUCCAGGCCCCCUGCCCCCUGCCAUGCAGUCCCCGGACUGGAGGCUCCCUACCCUCGCCACCACCACAGCCUGUCUCCCAGCCCUGCUUCUGGCCCUGCUCUCACCCCUGCUGCCACGCUCAUGCCCUGAGCAGCCAGGUCCCACCAGGUGCUCUACCCAGAGGGAGCCUAGGGGCCGGCCGUGACUUCCGGGGCUGCUGAGACCCUCAGAUCCUUGGGCCCGGGAAAGGGGUCAGAGAGGGGGGAUGUCUGAAAAUGGUCCUGGCUGAUCACUUCUUUCCUUCCACACUCACACCCUCCAAAGCCUUUUCCCGAGAUGGCGCGGGGAGUUCCAAAACUGACAAAACCAGGGCAUAAAUCUUCCGCACCCCGGGCUCAGGCAGUUCCUGGAGCCCUUUGCCCUUUUCAUGGCCACCAAGCCAUAGAUUUAUAGGUCCACUGGAGCUCAGGAUUAGUUUCCUUCUUUCCCUACUCCACCUUUUGCCUUGUUCCAGACAGAUUCUGGAACACCAGGCACCCCAGCCAGGGCCAUUUCUGCACUCAGGGUCUGUGCUGGAACACAGGCAUGCUGCCAGGCUCUGUUCUGGAUCCAUCAGGCUUCUGUCCUUCACCCAGAUGGACCCCUGGUUUCCAAGUGGAGAGAGGCUGGAUUUGGGCCCUGUCCAGCUGUUGGUCUUGGCCUGAAUUGAGCCAGUCUCAGAUCACCACAGGUUUAACUUUCUUACCCCAGAGACACCCAAUUCUAGAGCGUGAUGUUCUAGACACGUACGGAGCCAUACUUCCUUCUGAAUCUCAGCUCUAGGACAUAGACCACGACUCUCAGCCCUUCCCUCUAGGAUGGAACUAGAGCCUAUAUAGCCAUGUUAUUGCUCUAGAGUAAGAGUUCUAGACCCACGCUCCCACCUUCUCUAGUGAUACCUGUUAAGCAGGAGCUCUGGAAAGGACCCAGCUAUGAUUCACAAAGAACUAAGUUCUGGCUGGAUCAAGAACCACUUCUUGUUUUCCCUAGACAAUUUUCCAAAAAUCUUAUUCUUUCUAUAGAAUGCUAACCUUCUUUUUUACAUGCAGUUUCUAGCUCCUGCAACUCAGCUGGGGUCCUGCCAGGGAACAGAGGCUGAGGAAGGGCAGAGGAAUUUUGGAAGGAAUCCCUGGCUCAUAGAAGGGCAGCUAGGAUGGGGAAGGGGCCAGAACUAUGGCAUGACUGGACCUGUGCCUGGGUUGGGGGGACAUGAACACUUAGCUACCUCAGCAGGAAUUCCUUCCAGGUCCCCUUUAAAGCUGAGGUCUUUAGGGUAAUGGGUCUAGAAUAAAAAAGACAAAUGGGACAUAGCUUUGACCCCCCCCAAAUGAGGAGACCCCAAUUCAGCAAUAAGUCCCACCCUUGUCCCCUACGGGUCAGGCCAAGGAGGGUGAGGGCCUCUUGGUCUCUAGACCUCACACACCCCUCCAGCUUCUAACUGAAUAGAACUUGCUUUACCUCAGCUGGAUGUCAGGUACCCAAAAAGGCUCUGCUCCCAGGGGACCGGUCUCCACUCCAUGCUUUCUCAAUUAAAGACGAUUUAUACAA